UGCCUCCCCAGUGGGGACACUGGUCUCCUGAAAAAAGUUUCUCCUUCCAUUGCGCCCCAAACUGGGGACUCCUGUUGGCCCUGGCUUGGUGGCAGCGGCCUUUUGUUGACAAGGUCACCUGGUUUAUGUCUUCAGCAGACUAUGUGCGCCUGGAAGGAGGGACCCGAGUCUUCCUCGUCGUCACACCCCCAGUGUCUAGCGCGGUCCUGGCACAGGGUUUAAGCUGAAUUUUGGGACAUGGCCACUGCUUCACCAAGGUCUGAUACUAGUAAUAACCACAGUGGAAGGUUACAGUUACAGGUAACUGUUUCUAGUGCCAAACUAAAAAGAAAAAAGAACUGGUUUGGAACAGCAAUAUAUACAGAAGUAGUCGUAGAUGGAGAAAUUAAGAAAACAGCAAAAUCCAGUAGUUCUUCUAAUCCAAAAUGGAAUGAACAGCUAACUGUAAACGUGACCCCACAGACCACACUGGAAUUUCGAGUUUGGAGCCAUCACACUUUAAAAGCAGAUGCUUUAUUAGGAAGAGCAACCAUAGAUUUGAAACAAGCUCUGUUAACACACGACAGAAAGUAUGGCGUAGUGCAAACUGGCGAGUUAACCGUCGUGCUCGAUGGAUUGGCGAUUGAGCCAGAAAGUCUCACGAACUGCAGUUCGUCUCCAGCCAUAGAAAUACAGCAGAAUGGCGAUGCCUUACAUGAAAAUGGAGAGUCUCCAGCCAGGACAGCGACCAGGCUGGCUGGCGAGGGUGCUAACGGAAUAGAUCCUGUUCCUGCGAACACUCCAGUGCAGAACUGCUGCCCCCCUGUGGACAGUGGGGACAGCGCACCUUCACCUCCUUCUCAGGUUGCUGCCAGACCUCCAGAUACGCCAGCUCCAAAACCACUCACAUCUGAGCCUGCCGGUGACUCUGCCACCGACAGUGCUUCUGCCUCGGGGACUGCGGAGGUCUCUGAAGAUGCGAGCGCCCCAGCUGGGGACCCCCCAGUGCCAGAAGUGCCGGCCGCCUCAGGACAGAGCGGGUGCGCCCCCUCGGACAGUGCGGCCCGAGGGGCUGGAGCCGGGAGCACCGUGGACCCCGCCCCGCCUGGCUCUGCAGACAGCCCUGCCCUGGAAGCCCCCAAGUCCCGGCAGCCGGGAGGGGGCCUGGAGCCCAGGAGGCAGCACUCGGGGACCGGCUCAGAGACUCUGCCCUCAGGGUGGGAGCAGAGGAAAGACCCUCACGGCAGAACCUAUUACGUGGAUCACAACACUCGGACGACCACGUGGGAGAGGCCUCAGCCUUUGCCGCCAGGCUGGGAAAGGAGGGUCGACGACCGCGGGCGUGUGUACUACGUGGACCACAACACGAGGACCACCACGUGGCAGCGGCCCACCAUGGAGUCCGUGCGCAACUUCGAGCAGUGGCAGUCGCAGCGGAACCAGCUGCAGGGGGCCAUGCAGCAGUUCAACCAGCGGUACCUCUACUCGGCUUCAAUGUUAGCUGCAGAAAAUGACCCGUACGGACCUUUGCCACCAGGCUGGGAAAAAAGAGUAGAUUCAACAGACAGAGUUUACUUCGUGAAUCAUAACACAAAAACCACCCAGUGGGAAGAUCCGAGAACGCAGGGCUUGCAGAACGAGGAGCCCCUUCCGGAAGGCUGGGAGAUCCGGUACACGCGGGAGGGCGUCAGGUACUUCGUCGACCACAACACGCGAACAACCACGUUCAAGGACCCUCGCAACGGCAAGUCCUCUGUAACUAAAGGUGGGCCACAGAUUGCUUACGAACGCAGCUUUAGGUGGAAACUCGCUCACUUCCGUUACUUGUGCCAGUCCAAUGCACUACCCAGUCACGUAAAGAUCAACGUGUCCCGGCAGACGUUGUUUGAAGACUCCUUCCAGCAGAUUAUGGCAUUAAAACCCUAUGACUUGAGGAGGCGAUUAUAUGUAAUAUUUAGAGGAGAAGAAGGACUUGAUUAUGGUGGUUUAGCAAGAGAAUGGUUUUUCUUGCUCUCGCACGAAGUCCUGAACCCCAUGUACUGCUUGUUCGAGUACGCGGGCAAGAACAACUACUGCCUGCAGAUCAACCCCGCGUCCACCAUCAACCCCGACCACCUCGCCUACUUCUGCUUCAUCGGCCGCUUCAUCGCCAUGGCACUUUUCCAUGGCAAGUUUAUUGAUACUGGUUUCUCUUUGCCAUUCUACAAGCGUAUGCUGAGUAAGAAACUGACCAUUAAGGAUUUGGAAUCUAUCGAUACCGAAUUUUAUAACUCCCUCAUCUGGAUAAGAGACAACAACAUUGAAGAAUGUGGCUUAGAAAUGUACUUUUCUGUUGACAUGGAGAUUUUGGGAAAAGUCACUUCACAUGACCUGAAGCUGGGAGGCGCCAACAUCCUGGUGACAGAGGAGAACAAGGACGAGUAUAUCGGUUUGAUGGCAGAGUGGCGUUUUUCUCGCGGCGUGCAGGAACAGACCAAAGCUUUCCUCGACGGCUUCAACGAGGUCGUGCCCCUUCAGUGGCUGCAGUACUUUGAUGAAAAGGAACUGGAGGUGAUGCUGUGCGGCAUGCAGGAGGUGGACCUGGCCGACUGGCAGAGGAACGCCGUGUACCGUCACUACACGCGGAACAGCAAGCAGAUCGUCUGGUUUUGGCAGUUCGUGAAGGAGACAGACAACGAAGUGAGGAUGCGGCUGCUGCAGUUCGUCACGGGGACCUGCCGCCUGCCCCUGGGAGGCUUCGCGGAGCUCAUGGGAAGUAAUGGGCCUCAAAAAUUCUGCAUUGAAAAAGUCGGCAAAGACACCUGGUUACCAAGAAGCCAUACAUGUUUUAAUCGCUUGGAUCUACCGCCUUAUAAGAGCUACGAACAACUGAAGGAAAAACUUCUGUUUGCCAUCGAGGAGACCGAGGGGUUUGGACAAGAGUGACGGUCUCCCCUUGGAGGGGCUCUCCUUGCAUUUAAGCACGCUGCCACGGAAAACCGCUCAGACGGUGUGUAACCUGUUCGUCUGUAGUGACUUCUCCAAACGUCUCUAAAUGUUUUCCGUUCUUCCAGAGAAAUAUGCAAAACAAUUCAUCCUUUCUACUUUAUUUAUUGUCCCCUUGAAGUGACUGACCAGGAAAAAGAUCAUUCUUAAAUUCUGAAGCAAGAGACUUUAUUAAAUAAGCAUCUAUGUAUCUAGACGUACACGAUGGUGGCUCUAGUUUUAUAGAGCUCCGAGUGUAUUAAACAUGACAGCUGUUCGUUCAAAUGA